AUGACUGAUGAGGGCGGCGCUGCAAAGACCGAUGGCAAAGAGACGGAGAUAGACAUCCCCAUCAGUGUACCUGCAGACGGGGCAGCCACUGGCGCUGAAGGCGCAGGAGCAGCUGCGGCACCUGCUGAGGGAGCUGCCACCGAAAGCGCGGCCGACGGCGCGCCAGCAGCUCCAGCAGAGACCCCUGCGGACGGCGCGGCUGAUCCUGCGGCCCCUGCAGCACCUGCAGAAGCACCGGCUAGUGGUGGUGAUGUUUCCGCAGACGCCAGUGCAGACCCCAGCGCGCCUGCAGCCCCUGCGGGUUCCGCUGAGACGCCUGUGGAUCCUGCAGAGCCUGGUGCCCCUGCAGCACCAGCAGAUGGCCCAGCGGAAACACCAGCCGCUGAAGAUAAGGUAGAUGACACCGGCACUGGGGAAGCUAAGCCAGAGACCGACAAAGUCGGUGAUGGAGGGAAGACAGAUGAUCCGAAACCUCCUGGAGAGGAAGAGCCCAAGGAUUCCCUGCUAUGUGUUGGCCUGGAUCCCCACAAGUCAGAACUGGAGGAAGAUUCGGCGGAAGGCGCCUUUCGCUUCUGUCAACGCAUUAUCGAGGAGACCAAGGACCAUGCCGCUGCCUUCAAGCCCAAUGCAGCCUUCUUUGAGGUCUAUGGCGCUGCUGGUUGGGAGGCUUUGCAGCGAACCUUGCAGUUGAUCCCAGCAGAGAUCCCGAUCGUCCUGGACGCGAAGCGCGGCGAUAUCGGCUCCACCAGCGAAGCCUAUGCCAGCAGCGCUUUCCAGACCCUGCGCUGCGAUAGCGUGACCGCAAGCCCCUACCUAGGUGGUGAUGGCUUGCAGCCUUUUCUAAAGGAUGCAUCCAGAGGGGUCUGGGUCCUGUGCAAGACAUCGAAUCCAGGCUCUCAAGAUGUCCAAGCUUUGGAGCUGCCAAAUGGUGAGCCUUUGUAUCUUCAUGUUGCCAAGCUUUGCUGUGGAACGUGGGCCAAAGAGCAUCAGAAUGCUGGGCUGGUGGUGGGAGCCACAGAUGUGGAGGCCAUGCAGAAGAUUCGAAGUGCGCUACCAGAUGUGUGGUUCCUCUCCCCGGGCAUCGGUGCUCAGGGUGGCGACCUGCCCAAGGCCUUGAGUGCCGGACUUCGCAGUGACGGGCUGGGCAUUUUGUUGCCCAUCUCGCGGGGCAUUUCUAGAGCUGAGAGCCCGAAGCAGAUGGCUGAAACCUUCCGCGUAGAGAUCAACUCUCACAGGGUAGACGCCCCGCUUGAGCUGGGAAGGGUUGAGACAGAAGUGAAGCAUGGAGGAUCCACCGACUCCAAGGACGCGACAGCUUGUCAUGCUUUUGAAGCUUCUUCAACCCUCUUGGAUUUUGGGAAAUCGGCCGGGCCGGGCCCAGCCGCGAAGCGGCCCAGCAGCAAGCUAUGUGUCAUCGGCGACUUUCAGAGCGGCUUGGAGGCCAUUCCCGAUCCGUCAUUGCGCUCAGCACUCGAAGAUUGGGCUCAGAAGAUGAACCUCCACGUGCAGGAGCUCAGGACGAUCAUGGACGGUGCAGCUGAGCCACCUGUGCCACCUCUUCCGGGGACGCUGGAAGAGGAGACGCGUGCCCAAGUGACGGAGGAGGAGUUGCAAAGUGUUCGAGAUAUUGGCAGACAACUCGCGAGCCAUCGCACGGGUCGAACCACAGACGCAGAGGAGUGGACAGAUCCGGAGGAAUCAGCAAAGGAGGUGGAGGAACUUCGCCGUGUGCGACGGCAGAUCCGCUACAUUUUCGGUGGCAUGCUUCAGAGCCUGCCGGAGGCUGGCACCUUACGAGUGGAGCCUUGGCUGAAGGAGUGA